UACUCCUCCUCCUCCUCACUGUGUGUGUGUGUGUGUGUGUGUGUGUGUGUGUGUGUGUGUGUGUGUGUGUGUGUGUGUGUGUGUGUCAGGUCCUGUAUCCUGGUGAUGGACUCCCUGAGGCUGUCGGCCCAUGAGAACGCCUGCAGGCUGCUGAGAGAAUACCUGCAGGUGGAGUGGCAGGUGAGGAGAGGGAGGGCCCGCCUCUUCACGCCCGACACCGUGUGCAGCGCCGUGUGCCGGCUCCCCCUGCAGGACAACAGCAGCGACUGCGGCCUGUACCUCCUGCAGUAUGCAGAGAGCUUCCUCCAGAACCCCGUGGUGCACUUUGACCUCCCGGUUCGUCUGGAGGGCUGGUUUCCACGGCAGCAGAUCAGAUCCAAACGGGACCAAAUCCGGAGUCUGGUCCUGGACCUCCGAGAGGAACAGAGCCACCCAGGACCACGCUAGACCAGACCAGACCAGACCAGUAGAGACCAGACCAGACCAGUAGAGGCCAGAGCCACCCAGGACCAUGCUAGACCAGACCAGACCAGUAGAGACCAGAGCCACGCAGGACCACGCUAGACCAGACCAGACCAGACUAGACCAGACCAGUAGAGAACAGAGCCACCCGGGACCACGCUAGACCAGACCAGACCAGUAGAGACCAGACCAGACCAGUAGAGACCAGACCAGUAGAGGCCAGACCAGUAGAGACCAGAGCCACCAGGACUAGUAUCAUGACCAGGACCGGAUCCAGCCCGGACCAGACAGGCUUCACCGCCACUCGUGCAAUAAUAAAUAUUUAUAAAGAGUUAUUUUUUGAACAAAUUCCCAAUGUUUGUUUGAAUAAAAUGUUUUUUUAAAAACA